CAGGCGAGCGCUUUGCGGGAUACCCGGGGAUGCUGCGGAGCCCGCCGCUGCAGGGACAGAGAGGCGACAGAGACAGAGAGAGACCAGUGAGCGCCCCCCUCCCCCAAAACCUCCCCAGCCCCGCGCCCUUCCCAGCCUGCCGUGGCCAGGCGCCUAGGGAGGGGCGCCCCUCCGUCGCAGCGUCCUGGGGAAACUGAGGCUUCUGCGGCUGGUCCUUGCGGAAGCCCUCCGGAGCGAUGGGCAGAAUCUGGGCAUCCCUGUAGCUCCCAGAGCCGGGCGGGAUCGCGCAUCAUGGGAGUUUUGAUGUCCAAGCGGCAGACGGUAGAGCAGGUUCAGAAGGUGAGCCUGGCUGUGUCGGCCUUCAAAGAUGGAUUGCGGGAGAGGCCUUCGAUCCGCCGGACAGGCGAGCCCGCGGGGGCCCGCCGGGGCACCGUAGACCAUGCCGUCCAGGAGCAGCAGCAGGAAGAGGAGGGGGCGGCGACUGCGGAGGGAGACCCCCAGGAGGGGGGCAGCAGGAACCGUGCGGCCUGGGAACGGCUUCGAGAUGGUCGCGGGGUGGAGCCCGAGGAGUUCGACCGGGCCAACCGCUUUACACCGCCUGCUUUCACCCGCCCCACCCGGGAGCUGUUUGAUGACCAGCCUCUUGACAUCUUCCUGGAGCCACUGGAGUCUGUCGCCAACGACGAGAUGUGUGAGAUCUGUGAGGUGUGGACCGCGGAGAACCUCUUUCCGUGCAGGAUCUGCACCAGGGUGUUUCAUGACGGCUGCCUGCACCGCAUGGGCUACCUGCAGGGAGAUGGAGCCCUGGAAAUGGCAGAAGUUGCCCACACCGAGAUCGGCUGGAGCUGUUACUACUGCGACAACCUCAACCUGCUGCUAACCGAGGAAGAGAUGUUCAGCCUCAUGGAAAGCUUCCAAGAGUGUAGGAUCAUUCCUGACUGCUCGCUGACACUGGACGACUUCCUCCGCUACCAGCACCAGGCAGCUCGACGGGGAAGCAGUGCCAGGGUGCUCAGUGAGGAGCAGGAGGAACGCGCCACCAGCCAGUUCGCUGCCCUCGACCCUGACCGCCAGGGCCAUGUGGAGUGGCCUGACUUCUUAUCCUAUGAAUCCCUGCAACUGCUACACCAGCUGCGCCCCGAGAACUCACUGCUCAGGCUCCUCACAGCCAAGGAGCGGGACCGGGCCCGAGUUGCCUUCCUGGCCCAGGGCAGGGAGGGCCACGUGAGUGAGACCGAGUGCCGGAAGGCCCAGCAUGCCUGGUUCCGCAAGCGCCCCCGAGAGACCCUGUCCUGCAACGUCAGCAUCAGCCAUGUGGGGCCAAUAUCGGAGAGCAGCCCAGCCAGUAGCAACAGCGGCAAGAGCCAGGAGAAGCCCUUCCUCAAAGCUGACCAGGAAGAACCCAGGUCCAUGGACUGGCCCACGUUCCUGAAGGAGAACGUCCUGUACAUCCUGGCAGCCCGCCCCAACAGCGCAGCGGUUCAUCUGAAACCUCCUGGGUAGAUGGGCCCGGUGCUCCUUGUUGGAGCAGGGAGGGGGGUCUAGACCCCAGACGAGGAGGGAGUGAGGGCUCAAGGUUUGACGAGCGUCUUUCUUUGUUACCAAACUUUGCGGCUGGGGAUCUCCAUAACUGCCCCCUUGCAGGUAGGGGGCGGGAACCCUUAAGGAGAGGCUGUAGGAGACUAAAAGAGGGGGCGCCCACUCCCCCAGGGCCCUGGCAGCUCCAUGGUUCGUCUGCUGUUGGGCAGAGAGGAAUCCAGUCCCCCUGCCCCUCAUACAUCUCUGCCAACCUUUCACCAUGGAAGAAGACACUUCACCUCCCAUCCCUACCGGCCCUACCCGAGUUCUAGUUUGUAAUGGGUUGGAAGAGGACCAAACUGCUUUCCUACACAAGCCCCCUCAGUUUGCCAAAGGGGAAUCCUACCCAUAAUCCUCCUUGCCAGCCGGCUCUGAUUUUUGACUUGGCCGAGGAAAGGUCACGGCCCUCUAUUCCACUCACUUAAAUUCUUGCUUCUGAGAACCUCGGCAGCUCCAACUACCCUCCCCGACCACUCAAUCCAAAUCACUUCUCACCUUUCUAGCCACCCAAAUCUGAUUAGAAGACGAUGCUUACUCCCUCUGCUUCUAUCAAAAUCCUAAUUCCAUUGGCGGAAGGAAACCCAGUGCCCAACACUCUGCCUUCGGUGUCAUGGUUAUGUCCAUCCCAGGAUAGGGAGACCACAGAACAGGCUACGUAAGAGCAGAGGGCCUGCUGGGUGGGGGUGAUUUGCCACCUGUUCUGUGAUGCCCCAAGAACCAGCUGCCUCCUUCCAAGCCCCUCACUGUGUUCCGCCCAGCCUCUUGUUUUAGUUUGCAUUGAGGAGUCCUCCAUUUGGAGCCACAUGUCUUCUCCCAUCAUUCUCCUAUCUCCCCUGGGCCCUGCUGCUGGGAGGAGAGGACCUCAUCAUUCUACAGUGCACAUCUCUGCUCUGAGAUGUGGAGGGGAGGAAAGCAGUACAGGACUUCUUACACUCCCAUAAUUCUAAGCCCCAGAUUGGGGAAAGGCCCAAUGCUAGAGAUGAGACGGGCAGGAAUUUGGGCUUCCCUGAUGAGAGUCAGCACCAAAUCUUAAGGGAGUGUCACUGUGUAGCCAUGAGCUGACUUCAUGGUGGGCUGAAGCAGACCCUUAAGCAUCUCCUUGAGCAUGGUCCUUCCCGCCCUAGGGUGAGAGCCUACAUUUCUGGCCCAUCUCUUCUAAUGGAUUCUGGCUUUUUAUUCAUUCAUUCAAUCAUAUUUAUUGAGUGCUUACUGUGUGCAGAGCACUGUACUAAGUGCUUGGCAACUAGGAGUCAAAGAGUAUCCCUUUCUCUUUCCCAAAUUCUCCCCCAGGGCUAACAGAGGCAAUCUCAUUUUGGUAUAUGACAAAAACACAAUGAGCAGACCAGUGGAGAGGCCUUGAAGUGGUUUAAGGGGUACAAUUCUGAGCACAAGUUCCUUUUCCAGUUCUGCUCUUCUCUUGACUCCCUGUGCCCUUUGUUCAGUUAAGUCCAAGGGUCACAGCUCUGGGAUUCCAAAAUGGCAGAAAGAAUGAGAGCAGCAGGUUAGUGUGAUUCUGAGAGGUAAGCAGUAGAGCCCUAUCUUCAGAGACUCAAUCAAUCAAUGGUAUUUAUUGAGUGCUUACUGUGGGCAGACACUGUACCAAGCACUUAGGAGAAUACAAUAUGAAAGAAUUAGCAAACAUGUCCCAAAGAGAAAUGAGAGGAGAGAUUCUGGGCAAUGACACCCAGGAGUUAGCUUGUUUAGGGGAAGGAUGGUGCUUGCUGAGCUGGAAAUUUAGAACUCAGACUCCAGGCUUGGGCACAAGCUUAACUUUGGGCAUUUGUCCCACCUAGGAAGAUGCCCAUGUUGGACGAAGGGAGAAAUGGCAAUGGGUUCAUUGCACCCAGAAAGGAGAGAGAAAAGAACUGUUUCUUGCACCAAACUCCCAAGCCUGGACUUCAUUUUCUUGAGGUCUUUUCUGGACACAGCUCCAAUAAACAAAUCAAUCAAUAAGUGAUAUUUAUGAGCACUUACUGUGUGCAGAGCACUGCACUAAGUGAUUGGAGAGUAUAAUACAACAGAAUCAGUAGACGCGUCCCUGACUCUCCUCUUUCUCUCUUGCCCACCAGUUAGGGUCCAGAGAAACAACUCUUCCUGCAACUGCUCUUAGGUCAGUUCCAAGAGGCACUUGGCCCCAACUCUCAAGAGCUCAUGAAAACCAAGUUUGUCGUUUCUUCCACAGCUCCCUCCCGGCCCAGAGGAGCUGCAGAGAUGUGAUUCCAGGGUUUCAGCUGCCAAGGCUGCAUUGACCAGAGUUUAAGCCAAAACUGUCUUUAAUCAAAGUCCCUGGGCUUUGCUGUGGGUGGAAGUUUAAGACCUUGCCCCAGCUUGAGUAGAACGUUUGGGUAGCACCAAUCUGCCUAUCUCCCACCUGGGCACGGCCAGUCUCCAGAGUCUCUGCCGCCCACCUCAUCGGGGACUGAAUCGCAGCAGUAAAAGGUGCCAUGAUCCUCUAAGGCAGGUGUCAAAAGCCACUUAGAAGCCUGAGGACCAGAACUGUCUGCAUGAAAGGUGCUCCCUGGGCUGGAAAGGCCACUGAGGAGACUUAGAGCAGUGCUCUGCAUUCAGUAAGCGCUCAAGGAAAAAACAUUGAUUUCCCUAGCCCAUCCCCAGACUUUAGGUCACCAUUUUUCACCAUCAAAUUGAUUGGGGAAGCAGCCUGGACUUAACCCACUGGGGAAAGGAGAUUCUAACUGAUAGAUUAUCCCUUUAGCAGCUUGACCACCCCUCUUGCUCUGCUGGCCUGUUUCCUCCGUUUCUGGCCUCAGUCCUUAACCUCCAUCUAACAACUCGUUAUUCACAGUCUCCUCUGGCUCUGUUACCUGACCCUUUUGGGGCUUUUUUUCUUCUGUUCUUCCAGACUUGGCAAAACGCAGAACUGGACACAGUCUUAUUCUUGUUUGGACCUAAUCGGUAGCCUCCAUUUAUGCCCUCUCUUGGCUGGCAGCUCCUACACAAGCUCUUAGUAGAGUACUCAAGCGCAUAGUACAGUGCUUUGCACACAGAAAGCGCUGAAUAAAUACAAUUGAAAAUAAAACAAAUUAGAAAUAGGCAAACGUGCGCUCGCGCGCGUGUGCGCGCGCACACACACACACACACACAGGUUCUGUCUCUUUCUACCUCUCUGUAUCUCUUCUCCCCAUCCCUGACAGAUGUUGACUAUGGCUUGAAGUCCUCUAGCGAAACCCCUUCCCCUCACCAGGUAUCCCAUUUAGUCCCUUUUCUCUCCCUCUGCUUCUCCCCACUUUUCCCACUCUGAAAUUAGGAGCUUCCAGUGUGGUUCUCGGUUUCCCGAUCGCAACCCACAAAGGUACUUGGGCAGAGCUGGCCCUCACCUCCACAUCUACCUCCCCUCCCCCACUUUCCUGCAGUAGUGUUGCAGCUGGGAAGACCAGGCAAGGGAAGGUUUUGGCCAAGGCCUUCCAAAGCCUGAGCUGGGAGUUGCUGCCUCAGGCAGACCAUGGU